CAGUUCUAAUCACAGAACAGAUUAAAAUAAUUUUUUAAAAUAAUUAACGUUUAUAUUGAGACACAUUUGAAUUUAAAAUUUUGCGAAUUUGUUAAACUUUUCUGAGUUUAUUUUGUUAUUUUUUAAUUAUUCUACAAAUGGAUUUGUUCAGAGGUGUUAAAUCUAGAAGAAUAUUGCGUCAGAAGUUAAACAAACAGUGACGUUAUUACGAAUUUCAGGAAAAGACUGUAAAAUAGUUAGAUGUGCAGCGUGGGGUAGAUCUCGUCCAAAAAUCGGGAUAAAUAAGGGAAUAACUUCACUGUUGGUUUAGAUGGAAAAGAAAUAUUUUUGCGUUCUAUCUCAUAUUUCCACCUAAAAUUCCGAAUUAUAAUACAGGGAACAUUUAAGUAACCAACAUAAACAUGAGGGUUGUAGCUCUAGUCAGUGGAGGUAAAGAUAGUACCUUUAAUAUGAUGCAAUGUGUCGCUGCAGGCCAUAAAAUAGUUGCCUUAGCAAAUUUGUUUCCUUAUAAUCAAUCUGAGAUAGAUAGUUUUAUGUAUCAGAGUGUGGGUCACGAAGCAGUUGAUUUGAUUGCGCAAGCAAUUGAUUUGCCAAUUUACAAAAAAUGCACAUACGGGGUGUCAAAGAAAAAAGGCAAGAACUAUGAUCCAUGUGAUCCCUCUGAUGAGGUAGAAGAUUUGUAUAAUUUACUCAAAGAAAUUCAAAAUGAGAUUGAAUUUGACGGUGUUUCCGUUGGGGCUAUUUUAAGCAAUUACCAAAGAAUUCGGGUUGAAAAUGUGUGCAUUAGACUAAAUUUAACUCCCUUGGCGUAUUUAUGGCAACGCAAUCAAGAGGACUUAUUAGAUGAUAUAAUCAAGUGUGAAGUUGAUGCUAUAGUGAUCAAAGUGGCAGCCUUAGGACUAGAACCGAAAAAACACUUAGGCCAUAGUUUAAGCCAAUUACAACCAUAUUUACUAUCGAUGCACGAAAAAUAUGGUAUUAACGUUUGCGGAGAGGGGGGAGAAUAUGAAAGUCUGACGUUAGACUGUCCAUUGUUUAUGAGCCGCCUUGUAGUGGAAGACUCGGAAAUAGUGAUGCACCAAGAUGACCCUAUAGCUCCAGUGGGGUACUUAAAAUUCAACAAAAUUUCAUUGGAAUUUAAGCUUCCCGCUCUAGACUUACAAAGUAGACUACAAGGCUUACCAUUGAAAGACAGUUACGGGUAUAUUUUGGAAGAUGGCGAAGAAAUAUUAGAGUUAAGUAAUGAAGAAGAUGAAACCGAGAACUCCUUUUUACUGGCUAGUGAAAUACCUCAAAUUAAUAUUAAGCCAUGUUUAAUUCAACAACCUCAUUAUGGAAAAAGCAAAGACGGGUGGUUGUGGAUUGGCGGAAUCCAAGGAUUAGCUUCAAAUCCUGAAGAAGCAUUAGAGGAAGCAAUAGAUAAAAUUAAGUGCAUCCUUCAUUCAAAUGCCCACGAUGUAAAAGAUGUAUGUUCAGUUAUAAUGUACAUCAGAGAUAUGUCUGAAUAUUCGCAGUUAAACGCCACAUAUAUUAAAGCUUUUAAUCAUACCAAUCCACCAACAAGAGCUUGUGUUCAAGUGCCUAUAGGACAUCCUGUACAAUUAGAAGUUAUAUCAUGGAAAAAAUUAACUGGAGAACUAGCUGGAGAUGGAGAAAUUGACAGACAAACAAUGCACGUGCAAAGUAUUUCUCACUGGGCACCAUGUAACAUAGGGCCUUAUAGCCAAGCUGUCAAAAUUGGCGAUUUUAUUCACCUUGCCGGUCAAAUUGCUUUGGUCCCAGGCAACAUGCAGUUAGUUAGUCAAGGCAUUAUAUCUCAGUGUAAGGUAGUUGUUAGACAUAUAGGACGACUACUGACAGCUGUGGAUAACACUGUCAAUUUAAGAGACGUUGUACAGGGUAUUUGUUAUUUAACUCACCACAAUUAUAUUGACCUGGCAAGAAGAUACUGGGAGUCUAAAACUAACAAUGCUAUAGUGGAAUAUGUGGUGGUUACAGGCUUGCCAAGGUCAGCUGCCAUUGAAUGGCAGGUCUGGGCUCACAAACACAACAAUCAAUUCGAGUAUGAGGAAAGAGGCAAAUGUAUAGAUAAUUACUCAAUUUCUCUCUACAGAAGAAUAAACUAUGAUAAUAACGUAGCAGCUAUAGUCUGUCGCGUAGAAAACAUAGAAGAAUCACAGUCAUUUGACUCCAAAAUAUUUUUGGAAGCUGUAUCAUAUUCAAUUGAUAAGUUGAAACAAGGAACUGAUCACGACCCUAAUACAGUGUACAAUUUGAAAAUAUUCUACUCCGUUUUUAAGUUAAACAAUCCAGAAGAUCUCUUGGAAAUUAUGCACGAUUUUAUAGACGGUACUAAUGUUUUAGUGUACAACUUUAUACCAGUGAUAGAAUUAAAAAAUAAGAAUACUAUAUUGUCUAUAUGCGGUGUCCGUAAUCAGUGAUUGAUAUAUAAAAAUAGAAUAAUAAAAGUUGUAAGCAUACCUAUAUUUUACUUUAUAAUAAAUUUUUUUAAAAUUA